AGUGCUUCAAUGUCUUUUUCUGAAAUCAAUGAAAAUAAUGUUUAUGCCUGCGUUGCCUAUCCUUCGCCAAAAGAAAUUCGUUCAAUUCUUCAGGAAAUGCUCACCAAUGACAUUAGCGGAGCAUAUAAAACUGUUGAAAAGCUGAAAUACCUCAAGGGCAUAGCUCUCCAAGACAUUGUCACUGAAUUGCACCCUCUCGUCUUGCAAAUGUCCAUACCAGACAAAAUUCGCUGUGAACUUUUGAUAAGCCUCUCAGACAUUGAAUAUCGCCUUUCGCUUGGUGCAUCUGAAAAUCUUCAACUUGGAUCCCUUGUUUCGACGUUCGGGAUUGCGAAGGAAAAUUUAUUAGAAAACGUGGCUUAA